UACCCAUCGCCGUGUCACCCAGUACUUGAAAGUUAUGGCAGAUUCACUCACCCUGCUUGAGUCGCAGAAUUUAUUCAUGUUUCUCUCUAUACAGAACAAAAUUCGGGACACAGUGAAAGAUAAUUUGGAAAAAACAAUCGGUUACGAAGAGCUUCUGUCCUAUAUUGUCAAUCUGUACGUGCACAUGUUCGAAACAAAAAUGUAGCUUACACCAACCGACAAGCGCAUGCUGGUUAAAGUGAGUAUCAUGUCAUCCCAUCU